GUAUCACCAUAUCUUUAUGGACAAUUGGAUACAGAGAUUCUUGAAAUUUCAAAUCAAUCAAAAUUGGUUCUACUAUACAGUCUUGCUAUUCAAGUUGUUACAGGCAGUUUGGAUCUUCACAAAAAUCAUGAGAGUAAGUUAUCCGAACUAAGAUGUUCUAAUAGAAAUAAGGGAUACCAUGAUUGUGAAAGAUUUGAAGAGUUGUAG